AUGGUUGUUACCAGCAGAGAUGAAGUGCCAGACUAUGAUAGAGCAAGUGAGUUGAAGGCUUUUGAUGACACAAAAGCUGGUGUUAAAGGACUUGUAGAUGCUGGGGUUACUGAGAUCCCUCGUAUAUUCCAUCACCCACCAGAUAGUUUGGACAAGACCUCAGCCACUACUGGUGACACCCAGUUCAGUAUUCCUGUCAUAGACCUCGAAGGCAUAGACAAAGAUGUAAUUAAACGCAAGGAGAUUGUUGAAAGAGUUGGUGAAGCAUCGGAGAUAUGGGGCUUCUUUCAGGUGGUCAAUCAUGGGAUCCCUGUGAGUGUUUUGGAGGAGAUAAAGGAAGGAGUGCGUAGAUUUUAUGAGCAAGAUACUGAGGUUAAGAAAGAGUUAUAUACACGUGACCCCAUGAGACCGGUGUUGUACAACAGCAACUUUGAUUUGUAUAGUGGAGCCGCGACCAAUUGGAGGGAUACAUUUAUUUGUAUGAUGGCUCCUAAUCCUCCAAAGCUACAAGACUUGCCGGUUUCGUGCAGAGAUAUACUUGCAGAGUACUCAAAGCAAGUAAUGAAAUUGGGGAUUUUACUUUUCGAGUUAUUAUCGGAGGCCCUUGGUUUGAAUUCAAACCACCUAAAUGACAUUGAUUGCGCUGAAGGGCUUGCAGUUUUGUGCCACUAUUAUCCCGCUUGCCCACAACCUGAUCUAACAUUAGGCACAAGCAAGCAUGCUGACAAUGACUUCUUCACUGUGCUUCUACAAGACCAUAUUGGUGGCCUCCAAAUUCUGCAUCAGAACAAGUGGAUUGAUAUCACUCCCGUGCCGGGGGCUCUGGUGGUUAACAUUGGAGAUCUUCUUCAACUUAUAACAAAUGAUAGGUUUAAAAGCGUUGAACACAGAGUAUUGGCGAACCAGGUUGGUCCAAGAGUAUCUGUGGCAUGCUUUUUUUGCACAGGUCUUCAGCCAUCCUCAAAACUUUACGGACCCGUCAAGGAGUUAUUGUCAGAAGACAAUCCUCCAAAGUAUAGGGAAACCACAGUGAGAGACUAUUGUAACUACUUCAAUGAAAAAGGCUUUGAUGGGACUUCUGCUUUGCCGCAUUUCAGGCUUUGAACUCCGAUAAUAAAGAUGAAGAUGAUAAAGACGAAGAAAGUGUUAGCGAGAAUGACUCCUAAGCCUUUUAACACUUUCGGUUUGUUAUGACGUAACGCACUUUUUUUUUUUUAAUAACAUAUUGACCUCAUGUUUGUGAAGCUUGAAUAGAAGCAUAAAAGAAUAAUACCGUUUAUGUGCGAUGUUUGAAGGCUUAAUCGAAAUAGGUGCUAUUCUGUACCUUCUUCU